GCCGGCGUUCGCUGCGUCGGCGAUCCCCGGGCGAUUGCUUCUGUCUGUUGUGUAGUUAUGGUGCGGGAGAGGCGCCCGGCAGACGGCUGGAACCCAGGCUGGAGUUUCGGUGGUUGCUGAGCGCUGCCCCGGUGCCGAGCGGGCUAUGGGCGAGCCCGACCCUUUGGUCUCGGGGCAGCUCGCGGCCGGCCGGACCUGGUGCUUGCGGCGGCUGGGGAUGGACGGCGAGUGGCUGCGGCUGGAGGCUGGGAGUGAGGUGACUAUAGGGCGAGGAUUUGGUGUCACGUACCAACUGAUAUCAAAGGUAUGCCCUCUGAUGAUUUCACGAAACCACUGUGUUUUGAAGCAGAAUCCUGAGGGACAGUGGACAAUUAUGGACAACAAGAGUCUGAAUGGUGUUUGGCUGAACAGAGAGCGCCUGGCACCAUUACAGGCUUACUGCCUCCGUAAGGGAGACCAUGUCCAGCUUGGAGUGCCGCUGGGCGGCCGGGAGAACGCGGAGUACCAGUACGAAGCUGUUGAGGAGGACUGCGGGGGUGGGGCUCCCUGCCUUGCCCCCGAGAAUGACCAGACAGGGGAAAAGAGCAAAGGGUUGAGAACGAAAAGGAAAUUGAGUUUGGACGGACUGGAGAGUCGUACAGCCGAAGGCCCCUCAGACCUCAGAUGCAAAGUAGUGACUGAAGGCUCCUGUAAACCCAGUGAGCCAGCCACGUCACACGAGAAAGGUGAAGCAGCGAGUCAGCCCUUGGGAUAUCUGUGUCCUAAGGUGACUUCUCUUGAGGCAAGUGAGAAGACCACCGGGACUCACACUUCCUCUGCUCCUCCGAAGGUCAUUGAGGUCUAUCCUAAGAGGCAGAAGGCCUCCCGCCCGUCAGCAUCCCAGAGCAGCUUGGAGUUGUUUAAGGUGACUAUGUCCAGGAUUCUGAAGCUGAAAACGCAGAUGCACGAAAAGCAGGUAGCCGUUCUGAAUGUGAAGAGGCAGACCCGGAAGGGGCGCUCCAAGAGAGUCGCGAGGAUGGAGAAGGAGCUGCAAGACUUACAGUCUCAGCUGUAUGCCGAGCAGGCUCAGCAGCAAGCAAGAGUGGAGCAGCUGGAGAAGACUUUCCAGGAAGAGGAACAUCACCUCCAGGGUUUGGAGAAAGAGCAAGGAGAAGAGGACCUGAAGCAGCAGCUGGUCCAGGCUCUGCAGGAGCACCGGGCUCUAAUGGAAGAACUAAAUCGAAGCAAGAAGGACUUUGAGAAAAUUAUUCAAGCCAAGAACAAAGAAUUGGAGCAGACCAAGGAGGAGAAGGACAAGGUCCAGGCACAGAAGGAGGAAGUUCUCAGCCACAUGAAGGACGUGCUGGAGAAUGAGCUCCAGUGUAUUAUCUGCUCGGAGUACUUCAUCGAGGCUGUCACCCUGAACUGUGCCCACAGUUUCUGCUCCUUCUGUAUCAAGGAGUGGAUGAAACGGAAGGUAGAGUGUCCCAUCUGUCGGAAGGAUAUUGAGUCCACAACCCACUCCCUGGUUCUGGACAACUGCAUUAACAAGAUGGUGGACAGUCUCAGCUCAGAAAUGAGAGAACGAAGAUGUGUCCUUAUUAGGGAACGAAAAGCAAAGAGAGUGUCAUGAAGGUCAUGCUCCAAGGACAUGUGAGAGACUCUAGGGGCAUGGCCACUCGGAGUGGACUAGAGGGCUUCCUGGACAUCAUCUGGGAAGCCAUGUGCUGCAGAGACUGCCGGGAAAACCUGCGUCGCUGGCCUUGCUGACACUAUCGUCCAAAGCACCAUUGGACUCCCGCCCUGACUGCUUCAUUACAAGCUAAAUGACUUGAGUUCUGUUGUUCCUUAAUCUGUUGAUUGGUUUUGAUACCUCAUA